CCAGUCUUUAAAUUUACCAGAAUCAAAAUUCAUCACCGUACCAAAAAGCACUGUACCAUCUACAAGUUCAGAGGCAACUACAACAGCUUCAAGCAUCACAUCAGUUCCCACAUCAAGGACAGUAGAAACAACUGCAGGCAGCACAAGUGCAUCUUCAACUGAAGCUACCACCACCUUAAUGACCGCACCAAUUACACCCACCGAAUCAAAAUUCAUCACCGUACCAAAAAGCACUGUACCAUCUACAAGUUCAGAGGCAACUACAACAGCUUCAAGCAUCACAUCAGUUCCCACAUCAAGGACAGUAGAAACAACUGCAGGCAACACAAGUGCAUCUUCAACUGAAGCUACCACCACCUUCAUGAUCGAACCAAUUACACCCACCGAAUCAAAAUUCAUCACCGUACCAAAAAGCACUGUACCAUCUACAAGUUCAGAGGCAACUACAACAGCUUCAAGCAUCACAUCAGUUCCCACAUCAAGGACAGUAGAAACAACUGCAGGCAACACAAGUGCAUCUUCAACUGAAGCUACCACCACCUUCAUGAUCGAACCAAUUACACCCACCGAAUCAAAAUUCAUCACCGUACCAAAAAGCACUGUACCAUCUACAAGUUCAGAGGCAACUACAACAGCUUCAAGCAUCACAUCAGUUCCCACAUCAAGGACAGUAGAAACAACUGCAGGCAGCACAAGUGCAUCUUCAACUGAAGCUACCACCACCUUAAUGACCGCACCAAUUACACCCACCGCUAAAGGGAAUGGAUUUGAGGUUCAGAUAAACACAGACACUCCAGCUGUGGAAAUCGAGGGCUCUUUGAAUGUGACCUGCAGAACCACAUGUUUAGAUCCUAUUAUAUCCAUGGAACUAAAACCAGGGCUAAAUAAAUACUGCAAUAACGUUAACAACUCAAUCACAUGCCAAAUCCCAACUGUGAAGAGGUGGGAUUUACCAAUGGUUUGCAGUGUAUUGUGCAAAUCUGUAAGCAAUACUCCGGUUGAGAACAAAACAGUGAUCAUUGUGUACAAUCGAGAUCUUGUCAUUGCACCACAUCCAAAGGCGAUGGAAAUUAACAAAACAUAUCAGCUUAAUUGCACCGGUCCAAGAGUGUAUCCAAACACCAAGCUCCAUCUCAAGUGGCUCAGAGGGAGCAAAGUUGUGAAGUCAGUUAACCCAACGGAACAAAAGUUUCCAGAAGAUGUGACUCCGGUGGUCAAUAUUCUCAAUCUCAAUGCAAGCAUGGCUGAGGAUGGACAAGUGUACACAUGCUUGGCAGAGCUGGACUUGGUCACAAAUACCACAAAAGAAAUCGAAUCCUCCUCCGUGACUCUGCAAACCUACUUUUUCUCCGAACCUGUAAUCCAAGCAUCACUGACCAUCAUUGAUGGAAAACCGGUGAAUAUUACCUGCAGUGUGUUUAAUGUCUCGGGAGAACUUCAACUUACACUGAAGAAUGGGAAUAUGUCUUUGCCAAGCGAGUCAUCCAGUACAGAGCACACUAUCUACCACACUUUGCAUCCAAAGAUGGAGAUGAAUGGACAGCAGUUGACUUGUGUGGCUAAACUGACACUCCAAAAUCACCCUGAACCCAUUGUUAAGCAACAGAAUAUCACACUCAAUGUGCAAAGUGAAGAAUCGUCAUGGGUGAUCAUCAUCGUGGGCUUUUCAAUUGUGGGGGCAAUAAUAAUAAUAAUAAUGGCAAUAAUCUGCUAUUGCCGGAUCGACGGAGCUCGGAAAACAGGAGAAUAUAAUGUACUGAAUCCAACACCCAGCAGAAACCAAGAAAUCCCUCGUGUGAAUGAAUCUCUGGACAUUUUUCCUUUGCAGGAAGUGAUUUCAAACGGCAAUGACAAUAACUCACAGACUUGACCAAAUAAUAAUAGUUGUAUUACACCUGUGAGUUAGACGGACAUAUCACAACAAUUGUCUGAAUAUUGUUACUGAGGCGGCUCCUGAUGCAAUGUUACAGUCGACUGAUGGCACUUACUCUAGGAAAUGUAACAACAAAUGUAACAACAGUUCAUUCUCAGGAAUGUUCUGAAUUUUGGGUCGUUUUUGUGUCCAUUUGUCAAACUCUGAACUGAUACCAGAACGCUGGCAUCAAAACCAGCUCAGCACCGAGAACAUCAGAGCCAUGCGACUUUUCUUCCCAUUGAUGGGAAUGGACAUUGGAUCACACACUUGGUACAAUAAUCUUUCCAAGGUGAACUACUUGCUUAAAUUACGUGAAUGUUGUCUGAUAAAAAAUUGUCAUAAAUGGAUAAAAUGUGAGUCGAUGCCUUUUCCAGUAUUCUUACCCUCUUGUCUAGGGAGGAAUUGCAGUGCUGGUUUAAUCCGAAGACAGACACAAAAGGCUGGAGUAACUCAGCAGGUCGGGCAGCAUCUCUGAAGAAAUUGAAUAGGUGACGUUUUGGGUCGAGACCAUUCUUCAAUUUGAAGAAGGGUUUCAACCCGAAAUGUCACCUAUUUCCUUUCUCCAGAGAUGCUGCCUGACCCUCUGAGUUACUCCAGCUUUUUGUGCCUGUCUUCUCAUCUUCUUGUCUAAUUAUUGCCAUACUCUCAUCCCUUCCUAUCCCUGUAACCUCCUCCAACUACACAAUGCCCAGUAUUCAUUCAUGUUCAUUUACAAAAUCUAACUCAUCCUAAUUUCCACUCGCCGGAGGGAGAGUAAGUCAAAUGAUCUCUCUGCUAGAGUAAUCAGUGGAAUUGCACUUAGUGCUGUAGAAUACUGUAUCCCAGUGUUAUACAUGACGGGUUUGCACCCUUUAGUUUAGAAGGUUGAGAGGAUCUUAUUGAAACAUAUAAGAUUGUUAAGGGUUUGGACACGCUGGAGGCAGGAAACAUGUUCCCGAUGUUGGGGGAGUCCAGAACCAGGGGCCACAGUUUAAGAAUAAGGGGUAAGCCAUUUAGAAUGGAGACGAGGAAACACUUUUUCUCACAGAGAGUUGUGAGUGUGUGGAAUUCUCUACCGCAGAGGGCAGUGGAGGCAGGUUCUCUGGAGAGCUGGAUAGGGCUCUUAAAGAUAGCAGAGUUAGGGGAUAUGUGGAGAAGGCUGGAACGGGAUACUGAUUGGGGAUGAUCAGCGAUGAUCACAUUGAAUGGCGGUGCUGGCUCGAAGGGCCGAAUGACCUUCUCCUGCACCUAUUGUCUAUUAUAGUGUUACACAAUGAUGGACCAGGCCCCAUCAGUAUUGUACGCCAGUGUUAUACAGCGACUGCCCAUCCCUACCGGUACUGUACCCCAGUGUUCCAUAGUGACAAGAGUUAUCCCCAUCAGUAUUGUACCCCAGUGUUACACGGUGACGGACCUGUCCCUGCCAGUGCUGUAUCCCAGUGUCAUACAGUUACAGACGUGUCCCCUCCAUUACAGUACCCCAGCGUCAGACGUGUCCUCACCAGUCCCGUACCCGAAUGUUACACAGUGAUAGCCUCUUGUCUAUUUGCAUAGUUGUAGUGUUUACCUUUUUCUCUUUCUUACUUACUUUUCAUGCUAAUUCAAUUCUAACUACUCAAUCCAUUUUUGACUCCCCCCAUUUCAGCAGUACCCCGAUAAUCAGGCUAGCACUUUUUACGUUGGGCCUCCUGAUGUUAACGACACUGUAGACUCUAUCAAGCAAAUUGUUUAGAAUGUAUUCUAUUGAGCCUGUUAUAGCAUUAAUUUCACAGUCAUAUAUUAGACUUUUGUUGCCGCUGGUUCCUGAAUACAUACUGUGUAUUUCACUCUAUGUACAGCCUAAAGCCAUUUCUUGUCAAGACAAUUUUUCCAACGAUGCUACUCAUAUUUGUAACCACUAAGUGAAAUGUAGGUAAUGAUAUAACAAGGGCGGUUUCUAGUGAUACAUUUGCACAAGUAAACAGAAUAUAUCUUUGAAUAAAAUAUAGCUUAUUGAUGAAGCAAUAUUAAAUACAAA